AGCAUUGCGCAAAUAGGCGCCGGAUAGCGAACUCCGGAGUGAACUAUGGCGGUAGCGCGAAACAGGGUUCUGGCAUUGGCCAAAGGCGGUUCCUCCAGGGUUCCGCUACGGUUACAGGAACCUCAUUAUCGAUGUAUUUGCCGGAGAUUUGUUUCUACUGAUCCGUCGAAUUCGAUUUUGAAUCCUCUGGUUCUCAGGUUGAUUCAGGAGCCAAGUUCGUCUGUGAAAUCCGUGCUUGAUUCGCCGGAAAAUGCUUUUCUCGGCAGUUCGUGGCUUUCCUGGAAAGCUCUUGUUACGUCUCUUAUAUCUUCUUCGUCGCCUAAGAAGGCUCAGCUGGCUUUGGAAUGGAGAUUGGAGAAAAUGAGCAAAGAAAACGAGAGGGAUCCCGACUUUUACAUCGACCUAAUACGUCUUUGCGGAGAGCUUCAGAAUGUCCCUCUUGCAAUGCGUGUCUUCACAGCUAUGGAAUUUCAAGGAGUUCAACCCACGGUGACUGCUUUCAAUUCACUUAUAGAGGUUUGUAUAUCUUCGCAUAACAUGAUAACUGCCUUCAGCAUGUUUGAAAUAAUGAAAAAUUCUGAAAGUUCUAAACCCAAUGCUGACACUUUCUUCUAUUUCAUUUCGGCAUUCGCCAAACGACACGAUGUAAAUUCCAUGGAAGCAUGGUAUUCAGCCAACAGAGCGUUUGAAUUCUCUGCUGAUCUUCGAACCUAUGAAGCUCUUAUACAUGGUAGUGUGAAAUCAAAGUGCUUUGACUUUGCUGUUAGAUGUUUUGAUGAAAUGAUGUUAUCUGGCAUUGUGCCCAACGCAAUCAUAUUGGAUAAUAUGCUUGAAGGGUUCUGUAAAAGGAAAGAUUUGGAUGAACUCAAGAAGUUCUUAACUGUUGUGCUUGACAAAGGAUGGGAGAUCAAUUGGAAUGUGGUAGAGAAAUUCAUUCCGAUAUGGUUUGAAUCUGGGAGGCGGAAGGGAUGGAGGAGAUCCUUACCAAGCUGAACGAAGCAGCUCGACUGUAAAGAAGAGGAGCUGGGAGUUCAUUUUUCUUUCAUUUUCUUCUUCUGGCUUGAGAGAGAGAAAGAAAAUUGAAUUCGAUUCUCAAUAGCAUAUCAUCGUAAAGAAACGGUAGAAUGAUAACAACGUGUAUGUCCCAUGUUCAAACGAUUGGAUGGAACUCUUUAAACAUGGCUUGCCAUUUGAAUGGGCAGAUGGGGUCGUCAAGGUAACUUUUUUGUUACAGGUGAAGCUUAUAAUAGACUAGACUCAUUUAUUGAUUGCACGAAAGGCAAAUAUUUGCACACGUUUGUUGUAAUAGCUCAAGUUCACUAUAGCAGAUAUUGUUCGUUUUAGUUUGUUA